AUGGCUUCCUCCACUUCUUCUCUCCUCUUCUCUCUAUGUCUGCUCUGCUUCUUCCUCUCAGGAACCAACUGUCAGUAUGAAAAGUACAGCUUCAGGAGUUUUCCCAGACAUGAGCUGAUGCCUCUGGAGUCUGCCUACAAAUACGGGCUGGAUCAGUACACGGCUGAGAAGUGGAAGGACACGGUGGAGUACCUGGAGGUGUCGCUGCGGCUCUACCGGCUGCUGCGGGACAGCGAGGCCUUCUGCAACCUCAACUGCAGCUCGGUGCGGCUGGACGACGAGCAGAAGUUUGCGGACUUUCCAGAACUGCGGGCGUUCGGGAACGUGAUGAAGAGGGCGCAGUGUCUGAAGCGCUGCAAGCAGGGGCUGCCUGCUUUCAGACAGAGCUUACCCAGCAGGGAAACCAUCGACGAGUUCGAGCGGAGAGAGCCCUACAAAUACCUGCAGUAUGCUUACUUUAAAUCUAACAACCUGGCCAAAGCUGUGUCUGCGGCUCACACCUUCCUGCUGAAACAUCCCAAUGACGAGAUGAUGCAGAGAAACAUGGCUUAUUACAAGAGUCUGCCUGGGGCUGAAGAACAUCUGAAAGAUCUUGAGACUAAAUCCUAUGAGACCUUGUUUGUGCGAGCUGUGAGGGCGUAUAAUGGUGAUAAUUUCCGCACAUCGGUGUCAGACAUGGAGCUGGCACUGAGGGACUUCUUUAAGGUCUACGAUGAGUGCCUGGCUGCUUCUGAGGGUCCAAGACACGUCAAAGAUUUCAAAGACUUCUACGCCUCUAUAGCUGAUCACUACAUUGAAGUCCUUGAAAAGAAGGUGAUGUGUGAAAGUGACCUAACCCCUGUAGUCGGAGGUUUUGUCGUUGAGAAGUUUGUGGCAACGAUGUACCACUACCUGCAGUUCGCCUAUUACAAACUGAACGAUCUAAAGAACGCGGUGCCCUGCGCAGCCAGCUACGUGCUGUUUGAUCCCAAUGAUGAAGUCAUGAACAACAAUGUGGCCUAUUACAAGUUCCACCGAGAAAAGUGGGGGCUGACGGAGGAGGACUUCCUCCCCAGAGCGGAGGCGGUACGUUACUACAAUCAGACCACCAUGCAGCUGCAGAUGUUGGAGUUUGCAAAGCAGCGUCUUGUGAGCGAUGAUGAGGGGGAGGUGGUGGAGUUUAUAGACGAGUUUCUGGACGAGGACCAAUAGCACACAUGGAAAAACUC